AUGUCUGGCCCAGUCCCAGUCGCAACAUCCCUGGCGGAUAUCUAUCCUACCGCUGCCAUCGCAGAAGAGACGCCACGAUGGAACAACCUGCUCGCCACGUUCGCGCACGAGUUUGGCCACCCUGCGCAGUUCAUCUCCCGAUCGCCCGGCCGAGUCAACAUCAUCGGCGAACACAUCGACUACUCGCUCUACUCCGUGCUGCCCAUGGCCAUCACCGCCGACGCCGUCAUCGCAGUCUCUAUCACGCCCGUCGCACCGGACGCAAAGACAUUCAAGGUCCUGGUCCGCAACGUCCAGGGCUCCAAGUUUGCCCCCGGGGAGUUUGACGUCCCGAUUGGCGGCGACGUCGAGAUUGAUUCCACAAAGUUCGAGUGGACAAACUAUUUCAAGAGCGGCCUUCGCGGCGCGCUCAGCCUCUUGUACAAGAAAAAGGGGGCCGACUUCCGGCCGUGCAACAUGGAGGUGCUUAUGGACGGCAACGUCCCUGUGGGAGGUGGGCUGAGCUCCAGCGCCGCCUUUGUAUCCGCCAGCGCUCUGGCCGUCAUGAUUGCGAAUGGCGAGAGCUCAGUGGACAAGAAGGAGCUAACGGAGCUCGCCAUCGUCAGCGAGAGGGCGGUUGGGGUCAAUUCCGGAGGCAUGGACCAGUCUGCCUCAGUCUUCUCAGAGCAAGGAUCCGCCACAUUCGUGUCCUUCACCCCUGUUCUCUCUGCUCGGCCGGUCAAGUUCCCUCCAACAAGCCCCGAGUUAUGUUUCAUUAUCGCACAAUCAUUCGUCACUUCAAAUAAGCAUGUCACUGGGCCCAUCCACUACAACCUUCGUGUUGUUGAGGUCAGCUUUGCGGCUGCUUACCUCAACGCCGUGCUCAACCCACCCGGCACCGAGCUCCCACAGGAUGCAGGUCCGCUCGGCAUUAGCCUUCAGGGGUUCCACGAAGCGUUUUUCUACCACAACGGCGGGUCAGACUAUGCUGCUGCAAGGAGCCUUAGCAAGGAGGAGGAGCUACGGAAGCUCAUUGAGGUGACCAAGCAGACGCUGACCCGAGAGGACGGCUAUACACGGGAGGAAGUCGCUGCCGUCCUCCAGAUGUCCGUGCCUGAGCUAGAGAAGCGGUUCACGUCCGUAUUCCCGGUUCGUGCCGACCGUUUCAAACUCAGACAGCGAGCCUUGCAUGUGUUUACGGAGGCAUUACGAGUGCUCGAGUUCUUGACCCUGCUUGAGCGCCCCCUGCAUACGGGGGCAACUGACACGACCCAGUACAACAACGCGCUGGGAAAGCUCAUGAACGAAACACAAGACUCAUGUAGAGACCUGUACGAGUGUAGCUGCCCGGAGAUUGAUGAAAUCUGCCGUAUUUCACGUGGCGCUGGGGCUUACAGCAGCAGGCUGACCGGAGCUGGGUGGGGAGGAUGUAGCGUGCAUCUCGUCCCAGCCGACAAGGCGCAAGCUGUAAAGGAAGCGCUGGAGGAGCAAUACUAUUCUAAGCUGAACUUGACCGAUGAACAAAAGGAACAUGCUGUGGUGGUGACCCAGCCUGCUCGAGGGAGCGCCAUAUAUGUAGUCAAGGAAGGCCAAGUAAGCUGA